GGAUUUUUCUGGUCACCUUGUCUUGUCAUCAUUGUCACAAUCAUCUCAUCAUUAAUUCAUCAAAACCAAAACAAACAGUGAUCGGUUCGACUUCGGUUGUGGUUCCUUCAGUAAUCAAGCAAGACGGACACUGAGUUUUCUCGUUAGUGGUAUGCAAAUUAGCUUCGUCGCAACGCAACGUAGCAAAAGUGGACAAUAACAUUGCGGAAUUCACAUCACGGACCGAGAUUCGUCUGUGUAUGCUAGAACUAGUGCAUGUAUGCAGGUGUGUAGUGUCAAUAAUACAAUCGUAUUCGCCGCAGAAAAGUGUAAAGUAAAUAAAAAUGUAAUUAGCUCCUCGCUGGCAGCAGUAAACACCACCAGUGCAGUGCAUGCGAUAGUGGACUGUCGAACGUGUGGAGCAGCAAGAUGUCCCCUCCUUCGUUCCCCCUUGGUGGAUGUGUUGUGGUACCCAGCAGUUGCUUCUAUUACUAAAUGGCAGUGUUCGCUUAUCUGCUGCUCAGUGUUGGUGCCGACUUGCUAGACAUCGCCGACGUAUUCAUACGCUCCGGGGGUUCCAUAGUGGAAUGUAGAGAGCAUUUGCAGAGCAAACGUCGGGAUCAAUUAUUUCGUUACUACAUUGCCCAAUAUAGCAGUAGCAGCAGCACGAACGAGUUGGAGGUGAAAAUGUCUUCGGAAUCGUUGGAUAGCUGCGAUUUCGCUUACCACGAAUCUCCGACCUCGCCCGGGUCCAUUAGUUUGGAUAAGAGUUCAUCGACGGAGGUGGUUUAUACGCUGGAGAACAUCACGGAGGUAUCACCUGGUCUGAGCUUCGUCAUUAGUGGGAGUAUUUUGCUGACAUGCGAGCGGUUCUCAAUCAACUUGAUGCUGAAAAAUUCGGAUCUGGCGUUGCACUUUAAUCCGAGACUUCCGCAGAACUACAUCGUUAGGAAUUGUCGAGUGAAAGGGGUGUGGGGCAAAGAGGAAGUCGCCUCCCCCUUAUCGUUCAAUCUUCACCGGGGACAAAAGUUCAAGAUUCAAAUCCUGGUUACGGACAAGGAAUUUCUCAUGUGCGUCAAUGGUCGUCAUUUCAACACGUUCAAGCAUAGACUGCCUUACCGGAAGAUUUGCGCCCUGGAAGUCAAAGGGGACGUCAAGGAUGUCAACGUGGAGCAGGUUUAUGUCGAGACCUACCCGGAUAUCGCUCUAGAAGAAAUCCGUCAAAUUUCCAAAGAAAACUUUACUCUCCCGGAAAUCUCCGAUGCGCAUUACAAACUGAUGCCUUACACCGGUAGACUGGCGGAACCGUUCACGAACGGCAAAAAUCUACACAUACGGGGUCGCAUCAAGCUUCUACCCCAUUCCUUUUACGUAAAUCUCCAAAGCAAUCAUCGAGUUUGGCCACAUCCGAACAUCCCCUUCCAUCUGAACCCACGCUUUGGGAACGUCGGCGGAAAGCACGUUAUCUGUCGCAACUCGUGGCUCAAUGGGAAGUGGGACCGCGAAGAACGGUCGGAGAAUUUGACUGACUUUAUGCCUGGAAAAACUUUCCACCUGAAAAUUGCCUGCACCGAUGUUAGCUAUCAGGUUUACUUAAACGAGAAACUGAUAGCCGAAUUCAUAUUUAGAGACAACCCCAAGCUAGUGGAGACGGUCUACAUACAAGGUGAUAUAAAAGUGUUUGAUGUUACUUUAGAGUCGGCCUAUUAGUUAAGGUGAAAGACUUUGCGAAUCUUCGUCAUCGAUGAAUUUCAAUUAGAGAUACGUAUAGCUUUAAUAAGAACAAUAAAACUAUAGUCAAUACUUAUACAUUAUACA